AUGCGUGAGAUCAUGCCUCAUCGUAGAACUUACACAAGGAAUGCUAAUGCACACAACGCUAAUGCAGUUCCUUUAGUCCCAGACCAUAAGGUUUCGAAUGCAGAAUUUCAGAAUGCGAUUCAGCUCUUGGCUCAGAGUGUAGCCAAUCAGAAUAAUCAACAUGCUCCAGUUCCUACAAAUGCUAAUAGUGGGUUCUUCCCGAGAGAGUUAAGGGAAGCUAAAGCUCAAGAGUUCAUGAAUUUAAGGCAAGGUACCAUGUCAGUCCAAAAAUACAGACUUAUGUUCAACCAACUCUCCGGGUAUGCUCUACACAUGGUUGCCGAUCCAAGGGCACAACUGACAAAAAUCGAGUGGUGGAAUAUUGCUCACAAUUUCAGCAGAGAUCUACAGCCCCAACACCUUUCAUCUGCUAGUGCUUUAUCCCCCAGGUUUCGACAGGAUCAGAAAAGUAUUGCAUUAAGCUUUGAGUCUCAGGGGAGUGCUUCUGGUAAUAGGACUUUCCCAAUUUGUCCAAAGUGUGGUAAGAACCAUCCCGGAGAGUGUCUUGCCCGCAAGAAACGAUACUUUGGGUGUGGUCAGUCUGGCCAUAGGCUGAAAGAUUGCCCUUCUGCUAGGCAGGGGAAAUGA